AACAUUGACUAAACAUGUGUUUAAUAACAUCGCUAUUGGUUUCAUCACUAAUCGCUUUACUAUAUGUCGGGUCACUAUAUUGUUGGCCAAAUCAAGCGCAUCGUGAUAACCCGACGACAAUAAAGCGUCGCUUUCUAAGCGUUUUUGUCGCAAUCAUUAUAUCGACAAUAGUUUUGGUUGUCUUUAACGAUGACUAUCGGCUCAUCAGUUUGGCCACCAGUUUGGGUCUCGUUUGGCCACAAGACUAUACGAUCGGCCAAAUUAUUAUUGAAUGUAUUUUCCUACCAUUAUUACAGACAAGUGUCCUAUUCAUGGGUCCCAUAAUCAUCAGUUUGUCUCAAACGGGCGACUAUUGCUUUAACUAUCGAUAUAUGGUGUCAGCCAUGGAUCUGAUGGUGAUUCGCAACUAUAUCAUAGCGCCCAUCACAGAGGAGAUCAUCUUCAGGGCCGUAUUGAGCGCCAUUCUCGUACAGUGUUGGCCACUAACCGCUACGCUGGCCAUCAGUUCAUUGUUGUUUGGUUUUGCACAUUCGCAUCACUACUUGUUUGAGAUUAACGACAUCAGGAGUAGUCAAAGACAUCACCCAAAGAGGACAUUAUGGCUGGCCAUCGAACAGAUGACAUAUACGUCGUUAUUUGGAUUUUACGCAUCGCUGUUAUACUUUCGGUCGCAACACAUCGUAACACCGAUUCUGGUCCACUCCUACUGUAAUCUAAUGGGUUUUCCCGAUAUCCAGUCCAUUAUGUCGUCAAAAUGGUCGCUUACAGUGACCGCCAUCGGUUUCGGUCUAUGGUUGGUCAGUCUAGUCAUAGUAUAUAUCCAUUUAUAAUCAUUUGGGACUAUCAUAUGUUGUAUUUAUUUUUUAAUAGUCUAGUAAAUUAAAUGUUAAAUAAUAUUUAUUAUAUGUA